AAUCUCUCGGCGGCGUCCGGGCAGCCGACAAGCAUCGCCGCCGACACCGGUCCCAGUUUGAAAGUUGCCCGGCAGCUCCUCCGCGAACGUGUGCUCCUGACCGGUGCUCCUCUUUGCCGUGUUGCGUUCGGCGGGCGCGCGUAGCAGGCGCUUUUUCCUCGCGCGUGCGCUGUGUGCGCCGAGCGCUGUGUUUGUUUUCUCCGACCGCUGUUGGCGCGAACCCCGGACCGACAAAGUCCCUCAGCAGGCCAGCCCGCGGGUGCGGGGUGGCGAAGUAUGGUUCUGUGCGGCGGACAUGUGGCAGACGAUGACGCCCGCAGGUUGCUGCGCAGCACCGAGCAGCUCAACCAACAGAAGCAAGGCACUGCAUUUCAGCAUGUCAGAGAGAACAUUGAGGACCUCAAUGGGCGUGUGGGUGCUCGGGACACUGACCUCAUCUUUCUUAAGGGUCUCAUGGAAUCACCUGUUAUGAACUGCUUAGUUCAGGUUCAGGAUCAUCUCGAAGAGAAAACUACAACUUUCAAGCCUGUCUCUACAAACAAUGUAGAACUUCUGCGGGAUGUGUGCCAGGCUUGCCGACGGGUCAAUAAUCGUGAUGCCCAAGAACUUGCCAACAUCCUUAGUGGUCCUCACUUCUCAGCUUUGCUCAAUUCCCAUGAUGCUGUAGCUACGAAAAGCUAUGAACCUGCCAAGCCACUGGCUCUUGAGAAAGAAGCGCCAGCAAUGACACCUGAAACCUUGAAUGACACUAUCAGAAUGGUGGGGAUCAGAAAGAAUGAUGAUGAGCCCUUGGGCAUAACAGUACGGGUGGAGAAUGACAACUUGAUCAUUGCCCGCAUCCUUGCUGGUGGCAUCAUUGACAGGCAAGGGCUGUUGCAUAUUGGGGAUACAAUCCUGGAAGUGAAUGGUGUACCAGUCCACACUCCUGAACAGCUGCAGUUGCAACUGAAAAAGGCUCAAGGCAGUGUUGCAUUCAAGAUACUUCCCUCUUAUCAAGACAGCCUUCCAACUUUUCAGUGUUUUGUGAAAGCACUGUACACAUAUGAACCAUCAAAAGAUACCCUCCUGCCAUGCAAAGAAAUUGGGCUUGCCUUCAAGCAAGGUGACAUUCUACAAGUGCUCAAUCAGGAGGACCCGAAUUGGUGGCAGGCCAGGAGGGUCUCUGCCUCGGGUCCAGCAGGCCUUAUUCCAUCUCAGGAACUUGAGGAACGAAGACGAGCUUUUGUGCGGCCAGAAUAUGACUAUGCAACAAAGACAAAAAUGUGCGGCACAAAGAUCACAAAGAAGAAGAGGAAAACAAUGUAUGAAAGCAAGGCAUCAGCAGAGUUUGAAAAAGCUGAGCUACUGCUGUAUGAAGAGGUUGCCCGGAUGCCACCAUUUGAGCGCAAGACACUGGUACUUGUUGGAGCACGAGGUGUUGGCAGACGUUCACUGAAGAAUAAGCUUAUCAGCUAUGACCCUGUGCACUUUGGAACACCACUUCCCCACACAUCUCGACCUAUCCGGGAGACAGAAACAGAUGGCAAAGUAUAUUAUUUUGUAUCACGAGAGGUGAUGGAAGCUGACAUAGCUGACAACAAGUACCUCGAAUGGGGCGAGCAUAGUGGUCACCUCUAUGGCACCAAGCUGGACACCCUGCGUGCUGUCAUCCGCUCCGGAAAGAUGUGUGUAGUGGACUGCAGCCCCCAGUAUCUGAAGAUCCUGAACACGCCUGAGUUCAUGCCUUAUGUGGUCUUCAUUGCUGCACCUCAGCUGGAGCACUUUCGGCAGAUGCAUGAAUACGGACGUCAUCAUGGAUAUGGAAGCAGCCGUAACCUGACGUUUGACCGAGCCAUGAGUCGACAUGGUUCACGGCGGGCAAGAACCCUUGAAAGCUUGGCAUCUCUCCAGGAGGAUGAAGAUCUCAAGAGGACCAUUGAGGAAAGUGCCCAACUUCAAAGAGCAUAUGAGCGAUAUUUCGACACCGUGCUUGUGAACAACAACUUUGAAAAGACCUUUGAACAGCUCAAGGAUGUGAUUGAUUCAUUAUCAACAGAGCCUCAGUGGGUUCCCAUUUCAUGGGUUUACUGAGAUUUCCUUUUGCUAGUUUGAUGCAGUUGAAAGUCUCAAAGUAACCCGGUUUUAGUUGGCCUAUGUGAAUUAACUGUGUUAGCAGUAAGAAAUUAAACAUCUGAAAGUAUUUUAAGAUUUUAAAAGCCAUUUUUUAACAUAAGGAGUUGAUGCUGAUUGGGUUUAUGUCUAAUGUAGCAGUGAUACGAGGGAGGACCCAAAGCAAUGAGAAUUAUUCUUCUUUAGUUAGCAUAGUUCUAACAUUCCCAAACAUUAAUCGCCUUCAAAGCACUUCCUUUGAGAUUCAAUGGACUUGUCCUACUGCUGUAUCCAAUGUUCAGAACUGUACAGCAACUCUUGCAAACUGAUGACCCUCAGUGCUUUUGUUGUUUUCACUUUAGCUUUUCCACAUUUUGAAAAAAACUUCUGUUGAAUUAUUUUCACUUUUGCAGAUGAGUUGCAAGGGGUAAACUAUGAGGAGUAUAUGGAGAAUGAGGCUGCGUUGUCAUCUCAUUUUUGUCAGAAAGUGCUGCACAUUCAGUGCUAUGCAGAUGGGACUGUUGCCAUUUGUCCGAGUUACACAGAUUGAGGUGUUUUCUUUGAACUACAUCACAUGACUGAUUGAGCAUUUCAGUGUAAGAAUGCUGAUUGGCUGUCUGACCUUGUGGUACAAAUUAAAAAAGCACAAGCCCUUGGAUAUAAAAGAAAUUCACGAAAGGGAACAGAACUUGAGGCACACCUGUUGCUCUUUUACAUCCACUAUCGCAAAACUGAUUCAGACAGCCACAGAGGCUCAAAAGAAAAAAAUGCAGUGAGCUGGUGAAACUUUACACAAGGACACUGCUUGGCCAGCCGAUGCAGACGAUAGUGGAAUAGGUGUGCCUGUGUCACGGAUCGGUAUUAAAUCCCCUUUUGCCUCAGUGAAACAAUUGUCAUACUUUUGGGUCCCCUCUCGUAUAGUAGCUACACUCUUAAAACGGUUGCACCCUUUGGGGAGUAUAUUUGUCCCACAACAAUAAUCGUCAUCUGCCUUGCUUGUGUUUCCUUUCUUGAAAACUCGGCGCUCGAUACUUUCCUGUCGAGAAUGCUGCGUCACACAGAUAACGCGCUUGCUGUUCGUGACUGGAAAGUACCUAGCUCGCAUCGUUAAAGAAAGGAAACGCGGGCAAGACAGAUGACGAUUUUUGUUGUGGGACAAGAUAAGCCCCAAAGGGUGUAGAUUUUUCUAAGAGUGUAUACGUACAUAAAGAAGGCAUUCAAGUUGUGUUCUACUUUUUGUGUUGUGCUUAGCUCUGGUUGUAUGCUUAGCACAUGCCAUAAUUCAAUUUGGAUGAAUCUCAUCAUUUUUUUACAGUGUGACACGGCUUUUUCUCAUGUCACUUGUAUUUUGAAACCUGAAAAUGUAAGUUGCACAGUGCUUGCCAGAGCCAUGCUAACUCCGUCCAUUUGCCUAAUAUUUGGCAUUUUAAUAGCUGUGAUGCCUGUGGCAAGUACCAGAGCAGCUCCUUAAUACUGCAUCUAGGCAUUUAACUUGACAACAUUUUGUUGGCCAAAUGAGUAAUCUCAGAGAUAGCUGCCUUAGCAGCAUUGUUUUACAUCAGAUGCAGUUCUUUGUGUUGUGCAUUCCAUUUUAAAGCUGUUUGUUGAUUUUGCUCCUUGCUUAUUAUUACAGUAUGUGGAUAGUUUCCCUUAUGCAAAGGGUGAAAUGUCCUUUUUUUUGUGUGUGUGAGUGCGCGUGUUUGUGCAUGUGUGCGCAUGUGUUGAGUGAACACAGGCAUCUUGCCACUUUUUUAUAACCGGUGAUGCCACCUGAAACAUUACACACACAUCACUCACCAUACAGCAUAUCAUCUGCAUCCAGUUCCAGGCAGAGCACACUAAUAUUUGACUGUUGCUCUUUUGUUUGCCAGUGGCUUACCAGUGAAAUCACAUACCAUUCCUGUUACUGAUACUUCUGUCGUGUUACUAAUAUGUAAUAUUGAAUGCUGCAGUAAGACAAGAAAAACAGGAGUAUAAUUGUCAACUUUUCUUAUAAUUAUAUGCCAUUAAAGCAGAUAUGAUUUCCGGGUUCAAUCCCAGAUGUGGUAACCACAUUCUUGUAAGAGUGGAACUCAAAAAAUGCUCAUGUAUCGUGCAUUGGGUGCACAUUAAAGAACCCCAGGUGAUCAAAAUUAAUGUGGAAUCCCCCACUACGGCAUGCCUCAUGAUCAGAUCAUGGCUUUGGCACUCAAAACCCCAGAAUUUUAAGCACAUUUAUUUCCAUGAAUACAUAUUUUGAUUUGUUAGUAAUUUAAAUGUUGCAAUAAGGUGAAAUACACAGCUCUUUGCUUGUUACACAACAGUUUCUGUGGUUAUUGUUGAUGCCUUGCAUGAAUAAUGACAAAAAAAAAAAUUAAUGUGCACAUCUUUUGAUAAGCUUGCCAGUUUGCAUGCAAAGUUAGAAAUCUGGCUUAACAAAUGAUGUGCUGCCUGUUUUGGAUAUUUCCAUGUAACUUCAGGCGACGGUGCUGCAAUUUAGUGUGAUAUGCUUGUUUGCAGUACGCAGUAGAUCGGUGCUCCAUUGAGCAGGGCAUAUGAUGGCACAGGAAUGAGAAAGUGUGGCAGAUAUGAAGCAUAUACUUAAUACAAUAGAGUACCUGCGAGCAGCCUGAUUUUUGCAAGUGUGAGGCCCCCCCUUUUUUUUUGUGACUAGAAUGAUAUGAUAAGGUAGUGCGAGUGAUCAUCGGUGCUCACAUGGUCAUUAUGUGUGUAGUUUUAUGAAAUGCAUUCUGCAGAAUUUCACACAGGGUGCUGCCUGUGAGCAAAGAUCAAAUGCAUUGUAGGUUUUGGCUAUGUGUGAUUGUAGCUGUAUUUUUGUAUUCAUAGAUUAAAUGCACAUUUUGAUACCAAGGUGAUAACAUGGUGCAACAGCAACACUUUGUCAUUUGACGAGUGCUCAGGUAUUCAAAUGAAACAUAACAGAGGAGGUAAUAACCAAGAGUAAUAUGCUUCUGGCAUAAUAAUGUUUCUGCGAGUAAUAAUUUUUCUUCAUCUAGAAACCUAUGAAUUUCCAUGUAUGUUGUAGUUGUGGAUAUUCAUAUAUAUGAUAUUCUGUAAGCUGAAGCAUUAAACACUUGUGCUUGUAAUAGUUGAAAAUAUUGUUUUGCCCUGUAAAAUAUAUCUUGUGGUAAGACUGUGUUUACUGACACCACAGAUAAUUGAAAUGAAUUUUUGUGUAGAGGUGCAACACAUUUUACAUCAUCAUCUGCUACUGAUUAUGUGCCAUGCAGAAUUUUGGUGUAAAUUUGUAUGAUGACCAAGUGCAGUCUAUUUUUUUAGAGAUCCAUGAUGUACUUUUGAGGGGUUUUCAUUUCAAGAAUGAAGCAUGUUUUUUAUACUUUGUGUAGAUAUUCUCUUGCUACAACAUGAUGCAUGCGCUCAUUCAGAUGAACUAUAUUCUGGGGAAAAAAUUGAGUAAUGUGAUGUAUGUAAGAGGGCUUUGUAUGAUAGAAUUAAUUUGGGCGCCUUUAUUUUGUGUUCACUUGAGGAUCUCUCUUCCGCACCUGGAUUUACAAGUGGCAUUUGUAGAAAGCUUGGUAUUAUUGGUCAAAUGUUGCUCAAGUUCUGUGCCACUUCCAUUUGUUUCAAAGUUUGCCAGUUGAGAAUUCUAGGUAAAAGAAUUGUUGCAGGUAGAAUUCGUGCAGUUGCCACAUAAUUAUGUGCAAAGAUAGAUGUUUCAUUACAUGCUAUAGAACCCCGUCUCAGUGAAAAACUUUAGCUUAACACUGAUGAAAAGUGGCCUUCUGAGUUGAUUAGAUACCAUUCACCAAGUUCACCAAGAUACCAUUCAAGUUGUAGGAACAUCAUGGCACACAGUUGUGUUACUUUGACUGUAUCUGUGACUCUUAGUGCAAGGUAGCUACUUCGUGAAUAGCAACCAGGCACUUUUGGUUGUGGUUUAGGUACAUUGUGCCUUAUUUUUUACUGUCCUGAACUGUUUCUCUGCUGUAUUGCUGGCAUGUGGCAUAACAUGUCUGAAGAGUGGCAUAUAGUUCUGUAAUGCACAUACAUUUUAUUGUUUAGUCAUACCUUAAUAACAUCAACAGAAUUUUGACUGCAAUUAGAGCCACUGCACUAGAAACAGAUCUCACAAUGCUUGAAGAUGCUGUUGCAUUGCAGAUGAAACAGACUGGAAGUAUGCUUUCAAGGCACUAUACAGCCAUUCUCUUUUUACAUUUGUGCUUGAAUUUUCAUUUGUUAGCUCACGUGUCUUGUAUAUCUGAGGUCUUUACAACUGAGAUUUUUAUAGACCUGUUACCUGGUUGCCAUUCUGGCAUCAUCCGUCCAGAGGUGUGCCUUUAACAGCUGCACAAUAAAGUUGUGUUGCAUUCAUGCCAGAA